GGGGUCAGAAAACUCAGUCUGUCGGCCAAGCAGUCCAGGCCCCAGCAAUGAUGGCCCAGGUGGCCAUGCAGAUGCCAAAGCAGCAGACCCAAGCCCCAGCCCAGAUGUCCCAGGCCCCUGUUCAGUUGUCUCAACAGCAAGUUAAAAUGCCCCCGGCUCCAGCUCCCCAACAGCAAGUCCAAAUGUCCCAGGCUGCAUCACCCCAACAGCAUGGUAAGGUGCCCCAAGGCAGCUCCUCCACAGCGUCUGCUUCCACUGGGAGUAGCUCAUCAGGUAUGGCCCAGAUGUACCAGGUCCUUGCUCAGAUGGCCCAACAGCAAGCCCAGGCCCAGAUGCAGGCUGCAGCUCAGAUUGCACAACAGCAAGCUCAGGCCGCAGCUCAAAUGGCCCAGGCGCCAGUUCCGAUGACCCAACAAGCCCAGGCGCCAGUCCAGAUGUCCCAGGUGCCAGUCCAGAUGUCCCAGGUGCCAGUCCAGAUGUCCCAGCAGCCAGUCCAGAUGUCCCAGCAGCAAGUCCAAAUGCCCCAGGCUUCAGCUCACCAACAGCAGGCUAAGUUGCCUCAGGCUGCGGCUUCUGUGAGUUCAGGCCCUACUGGUUCCACAGGUGCAGAGUCCCCUUCAGCUGAGGCUGAGGCUGCCUCAUCAAGCCAAGAUCGCUUCAUCACUCUAACCGCACCAUCAGGCUUCCAAACUACUUAUGUUGUGCGGUCUUUCCAUCGCUACUCGCGAGGCAAGAGGGUCUUUCCCCCCUGGUCUUCCCUCCUCCUAUUGAGACUGCUGAUCCUGAACAGAAGACCCAGGAUGGAAGAGAGCCUGAUGCUCCUGCACCAGCUGAUGCAAAAGGCCAGGCUGUACUCCCUGCAAGGAAGGGAUGAGUUGCUGUUCCCCAAGCUUGGGAGUGCAAUUUUUAUGGAUGAGUGCAUUGAAUUGAAUAAAUGGGCAAUUUUAAAUAUUUUUGUCUUCCUCCCCUUUUGUCUAAAAGUAUGA